AUGGCAAGGAGCGAGCAGCUUGGCCCCCACAGGUGCAAGUGGCAAAGACCAUUGUUCGUCGACGGCCUUCUGCAGGAGCAGGAUGACUGCAGGCACAGGGCUGAUGCGGCAGCCAGGGGAGGCCGACCAGAGCAUCUGACGGAGUGGGAAAGGCACAAACAUCGGCAACAGAGCAGUCGAGCAUGCAUUGGGCUCGGGCUCAGGCCGCAGUCGCCAGAAGGAGAAAGCGCGAGGCCUCUGCUGACGGUCGCCGGGCGCUUCGUCUCCCAAUGGGAGGACGUGACGGCAGGAACGAGCGCCGUGUCUGGCCACUUUCCGACAGUCUCUGUGGACCUGUGCUUCGGGGACAGGAGGACCCUGCUACGAGGAUCCUCUCCAUUGUCCGCCCUUAGCGCCUGCACUACAGAAGACCCAAGACGCCGGGAGAGCAUCGCUACCCUUUCAGACCGUUCGUUGCGGCCACGCCUCACCGAGACCACACACCACACGGCAGGCUUUAGGCAUCCGUGCCAGGCAUCAAGGUCUGCGACGACCUUCUAUGACGCAUUCGUCCAUCUGCCGGUAGCCCGAAAUCCCAGGCUGCCGUGCCAAAAACGAAGGCGGAAAAAAGGCGCGCCAGGCUUCUACGAUUCGCUGCUGCCGAUGGGAUUUCUUCGCAUCCUUGGCUCGCCCUGGCAGAGAGCCCCGUCGGCCGAUCGGUCGGCGGUGCGGUGA